AUCCCUUUUGCUUCCACAAAACGCCUCUACUCCGCUACGCUAUGGCUACUACCUGACAACGAUCAAGCCAUCGUCAGGAUAGCUCCAGGGGAGAGUCCCUCUCACGUUAGGUUGUUCCCUUCCCCUGAAUUCCUAACCAUUUUCUAUCAUAGAAAUCACAUAUUUUUAACACCACCAUCUCCCUCCUGGCCUGUGAGGCGAGCACGUUUGUUUAAUCGUCGUUGCCUCGCGCGUGGGCGCCGAAGCUUCGAUCUGCAUCCGAUCGGAUCAGAAUCAUCACCUGCUCAUCCGGUGGUUGUGUUUCUGUCUGUCCACCCUGCUGCUGCUGCCUCGUUUGACCUACCGUUUCUUUAAUCUGGCGCCAGCAGCAUACGUGCUAUAGUGUGCUGCCAUUGGAUGGCCACGUUGUCCAUGAACUGGUCAAGAGGAGGACGAAGAGAAAUAGAAAAAGGAGAAGCGAAUCAUUCAACAGCUCGGUACACGAAUGGUUGUUGCCGUGUUGCGUUAGGCUUUUGUGAGCUGGUGAGGAGGUUGUCCUCGAUGACAAGCUAGGUGUGAAGGACGAUGGUUUCUUGAUCGGGACGGCCGGGCAUCCAUGGAAGGUUCUUGCGGCGGUGGCGGCGGCGGCGGCGCCGGGCAGAUGGCGGCGUGGCAGGGGAGGGUCGGGGCGACCAACAUCGGGAGGCUGCGGCAUGGGAAGACGUCGUCGUCGUCGGCGGCGGCGGUGGCGGCGAGGGGCGGCGGCGUGACGGCGUGGCACCUGAGGGUGUUCGCCGGCGUGGUGGGAGUGAUGGGGUGCCUCCUGCUGGUGGCGUCCCUGAUGAUGUCCGCCGUCCACCAGGUGCAGUUCAGGAACGCAGCCAUUUCCAGGAGCUUCAGGGGCCUUCAGGAACUGAAGCAAAAUUCUGUAAGGACGGAGAAAGCAGAGCAGAUAAUGCACCCAAGGCUUCUGCAAAUGGCAACUUCAGUUGUCACAAAGAACGAGUCUGACAGUGACAGUGUAAAAUUUUCACUAUGGGAAGAGCCCUACAAACAAGCACGUAAAUGGAAGCCCUGUGCUGCAAAGCAUAGUUUACCUGAUGAAGUGCCUGAAGAGAACAACAAUGGGUUCAUUCUGAUCAGCGCGAAUGGUGGUCUGAACCAACAGCGUGUGGCUGUGUGUAAUGCUGUUGUUGUUGCAGCUCUGCUUAAUGCUACACUAGUCCUCCCCAGGUUUCUUUACAGCAGCGUUUGGAAGGACACAAGCCAGUUCGGUGACAUAUAUCAGGAGGACUACUUUGUGAACUACAUGAAGAGCGAUGUGCACAUUGUGAAAGAUUUGCCUCCCCAUCUUCAGUCACUGGAUCUCGAAGCAAUCGGCAGCCAAAUCACAGACAUGGACAUCUCGAAAGAAGCUGCGCCAUCUGAAUUCAUCAAAGCUGUGCUCCCAAUUCUCCAGCAGAAUGGCGUUGUCCAUUUCCUCGGAUUCGGCAACCGGCUCGGCUUCGAUUCGGUGCCCGUUCAUCUGCAGAGGCUGCGAUGCAGGUGCAACUUCCACGCGCUCAAGUUCGUCCCGGAGAUCCAGCGGGCGGGCUCCCUGCUGGUCCAGCGGCUGCGCCGCGCCGGCGCGAUGCGGACGGAGAUGGACAAGCAGCUGUUCGGGAGCAACAUGCUCGACGUCCCCGCCCUCCUCGCCGGCGGCGAGCCGAGCAGGUACCUGGCGCUGCACAUGAGGUUCGAGGAGGACAUGGUGGCGUACUCGCUCUGCGACUUCGGCGGCGGCGACGCGGAGAGGGAGGAGCUGCAGGCGUACAGGGAGACCCACUUCCCGACGCUCGCCAUGCGCCUCCGGAACACGUCGGUGUCGCCGGAGGAGCAGCGCAGCCUGGGGCGGUGCCCGCUGACGCCGGAGGAAGCCGGGCUCGUGCUCACCGCGCUCGGCUACGACCGCGGGACGUUCAUCUACGUCGCCGGGUCACAGAUAUACGGCGGCGCCGCGCGGCUCCGCCCACUGACGCGCCUCUUCCCCAACCUGGUCACCAAGGAGGACGUCCUCUCCUCCGCCGAGCUAGCCCCAUUCAAGAACUUCUCCUCCCGGCUCGCGGCGCUGGACUUCAUCGCGUGCGCCUCGGCGGACGUGUUCGCGGUGACGGACUCCGGCAGCCAGCUGUCGUCGCUGGUGUCCGGGUACCGGGUGUACCACGGCAGGGGGAGGGCGCCGACGCUGCACCCGAACCGGAAGCGAUACGCGCAGAUCCUGGGCGAGGAGGAGGGGAUCGGGUGGGGCGGAUUCGAGAGGAGGGUGAGGAACAUGGUGGAGGAGUACAAGCGGGUCAGCGCGCGGCCGCGGGGGCGGAGCGUGUACCGGCAGCCGAGGACGCCCGGGUGCAUGUGCAGGGCAGCCGGCGACGGCAGCGUCGACUUCUGAUGACGGCGCCGCCCGCCGGCGAGUUCUCCGCGUCUCGAUCGAAAUUCUUUUGUGCAUAGCUCGGUUUCUAAUUUUCUAUAGGUUUUUCGGGUCGUUUUAACCUUUUAAUAGCUCUAGGAUACACGGCAGGUUUAAAUGAUCAAAUUUUGAAUUUUUUUUACAGGCUGUUUUUAGAUUGUAACAAACAGAUUUGAAAAAGGUGCAAUUCAAAAUUAUGUGUCUGAAA